GCGACGCACGUAGUCAGUGAGUGACGACUCCUCGGGGCGUCAGGUUCUCCGCGCGGGGGAUGUGUCGUCGCGUCGCGUCUCCUGGCGAGCCACGUGCGCGGCGUGACAGGCGACGGGCAUGUGAUUCGGUGCUGUGUUCGUCACCGACCGCGCGCGAAUUUUCAUGGAUUGAGUAGCCACGCUAAGAUUUUCGCGGAGAGACUUUCGACUUAUCGCGCGCUACGAGAAUAACCUGUGACCGUGUAAAUAUUAUGAAUACAGGCGAACUGCUCGCCGGUUUGUCGCUGCUGUAAUCGAAACGACGAGAGAGCGAAACGCAUGUCAAACACUUGGAAAAGCGACGAGAGAGAGGGAGACGAAAGAGUAACCGCGCGGGAAGAGAGCGGAAACGCGGAGAGGAGAUAGAGAUUUCUGGGCACGCGCACUCCACCUGCUAGCGUGUAGUGGCACGCGCCAUACCACCCCCGUCGUCACUCUCUUCGCCCUCCUGCGCGCCUCUUCCUCUCUCUCUCUCUCUCUCCCUCCCGCGGGAAUCCCCUCCCGUCGUUCCUCUCACGCGUGCCACGAAGAGACUGGGACGCGCGGGAGUCAAUCGCUCGCGGUCUUCGACAGGGCGAGCAUCCUUGCACUCGGAUUCGCUCUCACGAGCUGCUUGGAGAGAGAGAGAGAGAGAGAGAAAAACAAACGUUCGUCCGAAUUGCGCGAGUGCCCCGGCGAUACACAGUCGCCGAGAAAGAGUUCGUUCGAGCCGUGACGUCGCACGACGACAGUUGUCAGCCGAUGUAUGAAAGAAUCCGGUCGCCUUCCACCGCUUCCUUGUGCCGUGCGAGGAGGCAGGCGCGCGCGAUCCCUGUACUGUAGUAGGCAGCGCGAGCAGCGGAGCAACGGCGAGGACGACGAAGAAGAAGUAGCGGCCACGUGGAAACGCAGAGGGAGGGGAGCGUUCCUUCCAGCGAUAGACGAAAAUAGUCUCGCGCGCAGAAGACGUACACACCGGCCGAACGAAAACGUAGAGAACGGGAGAUCGCGCGCGGUGUCACUCGAUGUGCGCGCAGCAGUGAGAUUGCAUCCGUCUCUUCUUCCGCGAACGAGCCGAUCAGCUGUUCGUCGGUCCGAUCGUGAGAAUCCGCGGAAAACCACCUGUUGACGAUUUACCGAUCGGGCCGAUAACGGUCGAGCGAGGAAAUUGUGAUCUUCCGUAAGCAGCACUGUUUCCGACCGUGAAGACCGAAUGAGUUGCUAGCGAAUGGCCGCGACACGCGGCGCGAGAUAAGCUACUUUGCCGGUGAAUUGAGUUCACGGAUUGUGCGGAAGUGCGCACCGCCUCGAUGUUAGUGCGUCGACGGGGUGAUAGCUAGUCAAAUCGUUAGAAUGGGCAUUAUGUUAUCGCAUGUUCCGCGCCGCGAGAGGUGGUGACAUUCAACGAAAGCGCCAGCAAAUUAAGAGAGGACUUUUCCCCUCGAAAUAACGGUGUAACCAUCGCAUCGAACGUGCGCUUUUUCUUGCACACGUCAUCGCCGUAUGACUUCGUUCACACGUUGCGACAAAGGAUUCUGCGUGACGAAGAAAUUGACGUUUACAUCGGGUACAAGGAUGCUGUGCUGUUUCCUCGGACUACAGUAGAAAGAACGUACUGUGAACAGUCGUUUGACAAAAAAAAAAAAACAUUUGUCACGUUGAUACGACAGCAGAGGCACAUCAGUGGAAAAAGUUGAAGGCCCCGGUGAUGGGUUCACAACGACCUUUGCGUCUAUUGUCCUCUCUGUAGGAAAUUUGUCUUCGGCCAAAUGGUUGCCACAUUUAACUACUUGGAAUGAUGCAGCAGAAAUUUCUGAAGAGGACGGCCGAGGAUUUGGAGCCAGCUAGCGGUGGCGGUGGCGACGGCGGCUUCGGCGAGCCACCGGUUAAGUUACAGUGCACGCAGCACCAACAUCAGCAGGGCUCCGGAGGUAGCGGGCCGCAUCACGGCCACGGUCAACAUCAGCAGCAAGGAGCGAAUUCAACGGGAGCCGCAGCCGGCGGCGGGGCAAGCGGUGGGAACGAGGGUCUGACCAAGUUUUCCGUGGAAAUAGUGCAGCAGCUUGAGUUUACCGCCUCCACGGCGAACUCACAGGCCCAGCAGAUCUCUACGAACGUGACCGUGAAGGCGUUGACGAACGCGUCCGUGAAGAGUGACCUGCUGAACGCGUCGAACUCGUCCCCGAAACCCGACACACCCUCGUCGGCCAGCAAUCGGACGGCGGGGGGGAAUCCGAGCGCGGCCGGUGGGAUCGGUUGCGUGGACAUCGGCAACCUCGUAGAGUGCAAGCAGGAGCCCGGGCUAGAGAACGACUUCGUGGACCUGGAGCAGUGCGCCGCUGCCCUGGAGAAGGACGCCGCGGCGAACGGCACCACUUCCGGCUUCACCGGUUUCCCGGAGUUCAUCGGCGACGACACCGGCGAUGAGAUCAUAAACUCGGACACGUUCAAGGACCUCAUCUCCGAGAUCUCGGACUUUCAUCCGGAGUUUAUGAAGGACUUCGACUUCGAGGACAAGACGGUCGACGCACUACCGAACAACGGCAACAACGGGCUGUCGAUGAACAACGGGCAGAUCAAGAUGGAGGACGAUAAGGAGGCGCUGCAACCGCAGCACAACAACGCCGUGCCGGCUAACGCGAGCCCGAGCGCCCUGGCUUCGUCGCAGUAUUCGCCCGCGCGGCUCCCCUACACCGGGCUGGACUUCAAGUCCGAGAUGAGCCCCGCUGCGCAGACCCUCAAGCAGAUGGCCGAGCAGCAUCAGCACAAGAGUCAGCAGCUCGGCCUCGGCGGAUACACCGCGGCGGCGGCCCGAGGCUCCACCGCGAGGUCUCCUUACGCCGAGUUCUCGCAAUUCGGCGGCGCGUCGGACUACCUCGGCAGUCCCGGUAGCGCGGGUCCGACGCAAGCCCAGCCGGCCGCUGGAACCGCCAGCUAUCACAAGAACAACGCGACGCCGAGCUUCCAGAGUCAGCAGACGAGCGACAUGUUCGUGGGCUCGCAGACCCAGUUCACCGCGAGUCUCGCUGACAUGAAGAGGCCUCAGCCGGCUGCCGGCGGCAAACCCGGCAUGCUGGGAGCCAGCGGCGGCGCCGGCGGCGCCGGCUACAAGCAACCGUACUCGCCGUACAACAACAGUCCGGGCACGAUGCCGAACCACGGCAGCCCGCAGUAUCCUCUGCCACCCAGAGGAUCUCAGACCGGUGGACCCAGCCAGACCGGCUCGCAGGGUCCAGGCUUCAACAGCUCCACGCCGCCUCGGCCUCCCUCGGGACCCGGCACUUCGACCCUGCAGAUCAACCAGGCGCAGCAGUUGCACAUCAACAAUCCCGGACACCAGAUACAGGUGUCGGCCGGUCAGCACAUGCAGCUCACGGGUGACCUGAAGCCCGGUGUCUCCGUCGCCGCCCAGCAGGGCAUGUUUUUCAGUCAGCAACAGACGGCCAAUCAGCCCGGUCCGGGCAAUCAGACUGACACUUACUGCUCGGUCUCGCAGUCACAGACUAUCAACUUCACCCAGCAGAGCCUGAGGCAAAGGGCGGCAGCCAGCGGGGUGCAGCAACCUGGAGCCGCAACGGGGGCGCGCGGUCAUCCGGUGCCGGCUGGCCAGGUCGAUCAGCAUCAACACGCAAAGAUCUUACAACAACAGCAACUGAUGCGUGCGCAACAGGCGAUGCAACAGCAACAACACAUGACAGGUGCAAUGGGGAGUGUACGGCCGCCACCGCCCGAAUACAAGGCUGCGGCCCAGGCGCAAAUGAUGCACGCCGGUAUCGGUAUGGGACAGCAGGCGAGGUUCGCCAACACUGGACCCAUGCGUAGAGUUACCCAACAACCUAUGCCGCCGUCUGGUCCGAUGAUGAGGCCGCAACUGGCGCAACAGCAGCAGCAGGCGUUACACUCAACCGGCGGUAAUAUGUACAUGGGCGGCGGCGGUGGGAUGGCCGCCAUCGGCGGUAUGCAUCAGAUGCACCAGCGGCUAGGCUACCCGAGAACCAACAAUCAGCGGCCGCCUAACGUCAACGUCGGCCCUCCGGAUGGCCUUGGGAAUAGCAUCGCGGGUCGCGGUGGCCAGCAGGAAUGGCGACACGUUCUGAUGCAGCAGCAGGGCUUUCAGAUGCGAUCGCAAUUCAACCAGCAAGGUCACCAAGGUGGCUUCGGCAUGGGCGGCGCGGGCGGCAUGCAAAUGACCGCGGCGCAGAUGCAGCAUCAACAGCAGCUAAUCCGCUCGCAAAACGGCGGCAUUGCCGGAUCGGGAAUGUCCAAUAGCACGCAGAUGCAGCAACUGUUGUCGCAGCAGCACCAACAACAAACGCUAGCUAUGCAACAGAACAAUAACCAGAUGUCACUGCAGAUGCAAAUGUCGCAGACAUCUUCCGUUAACUCGGUCAACGCUACUGGCACCGGUUCCCCGUUGCAUCCGCAUCAGCAGUAUGGUGCGGGCAGUCCAGGGGUGCGCAGUCUGCCGCAACAGCACACGCAACCACCGGCCACUACUACGGACCCGUCCGUAUCGGCCACUGAUUUUAGCCUCGAAUUCCUAGAGACUCUUCCUACAGCAGACACGUCGAAUUUCAGCGCUCAGGAGCUGCUUAAUUCUUUAGACAGUACGGCUGCCUUUAAUCUCGACAUUCUGUAAGACCAGAACCCGACUGGUCGUCGGGAAUGAUACCGACUUACAAUAACGCUCGAGUGAGCUCAACCGCCUCUGAAACGUACAGCGCGACGGUUCUUUCAAUUUCUUAUUCUCGUCGUUGCAUUCCAAGCUGGUCAAAAAACGGCGAUAUGGCGAAGGGGAGAUAUAACAUUAACGUCAGUGAAACGCGGAAACUACUCUCAUCCGUCUUUUCUUUCAUUCGGUUGAGUUUGUCAAGCUAGGUGAUAUAAAACGAUGAAUGAUGCAAUAUAAACGUAGCUCAUUUGCCGGUCAAAAAUCGAUUAUCACGUGCCAGCUCGUCGGUGAACGUUCAGAUUUCUUGGUAGACGAACUCUCUCGGCUCGAUCCUUCCUCACGAUCCGUGCGACGUCUUUUGUUAUUGUUUCGUUGCGAUGCUGCUGCUGUGACAAGUUGUUGCAUCAUUGAAAUACAUCACGUUCGCUCUACCGCAUUUUAUUUGGCAAGCUGCAGAUCACAUUGUUUUUAUGUAAUUGUAACUUUGUGUAAGCCUUAGUUUGUUUAUAUAUAGCGAAUAAAUAUAAAUAAAUAUAUGAAGAAAAAUCCAUUGUAAAUAUAGAAACAAAAGACUAUUAUCAUAUGUGACGUUAAUAGUGAACGUGUAAGUAGAAAUGACAAUUUUUAAGACUAAUUUGAUGAAGCAAUGCGCCACAUAUGUGUGUGACGUUGAUAGCAGCGAACGCGAUAUAUUUCUUUUCGAAUGCUGCAGAUUUGUUAAUCGUUUUUUUUUUAUUCAUCUAAACUAUGUAAAUUUCUCUAGUUUUAAGUCUCUCUAGUUUUAUCUAGUGAAGAUUUUGCGGUGUUUUAAGUAGAAUCACAGUCUCUUGACAAGAAUCUCUCGACGCAUAUCUCAAACUCGGCAUGAAUUUUAUUUGGUUUGAUAAAAUCAACCGAUAGGAUGAAACAUCGCUUUCGUAAAAGACAAAUUUGAAGGUAUACGUGUAAAUAUUUUCCGUGUUCCACUGACGAUUUCUCUUCACGCGUCUCAAGAUUAGCUGUUAUAUAUAUUUCCUCUUCACGUCAUCAUUUUCAGAUUGACGUUAAUGCUUAAUUUAUAAGAAUAGCAGUAUAACAAUUAGAGAGUAUUCAAACAUGUGCCGGCAUACUUACAAUUAACAAAAUGUCAAUUAUUAUACAUUUGAUAUGAAAACGGCGAGGUGGAGAGGAAUCAACGUCACCAACGUAACGAUAUCGGCAAAACGUGGUAACUGUUUGCGUUUUUCCUCAUAGCAUCGCCGUUUUUGGGGAUCAACGUUAAUACUUAAUUUAUAAGAAUAGCGAUGUAACAGUUAGAGAAGUAGCGUAUUCAAACACAUGCCCCGUUUGUGGCGUAUUUGCAGUUAAAAAAAUGUCAAUUAUCAAACAUUUGAUCUGAAAACGGCGAUAAAGAAAGUAUAAAAUUGACAGUCGUUCUUGAGACGCGUAAUUCCGUCAAUCCAGCCGAUUGUGAAAUCGCGCCAGUGAAAAUAUUCAUUCGUGUGAGUCUUCGAGUUUGUCUUCUAUGAAUGUUUGACGGUUGAAUUUAUCAAACCAAAUGGUG